AUGUCGUCGCACGCCUGGCUUGACUCUCUGUCGGAGGACUGGCCCUCAGAGCCAAACUCUCCAACCAACUCCAAGCCUCCAACCAGGAACGGCACAACACGAUCCAGUGUCAGAGCCAGCGGGACUAAGAUCCCGCGGCCAUCCAGUGGCCACAGCGUUAGUAGAAGAUUGUCGGCCACGCCCAACCGGAACAAUAGCGCCGCUCUGAGCGAGCGAAGCCCCAGCGACAUUAACAUCCCCGCACAGCUGUCCAAGAGAACUCCAUCGAAGCUCUCUCAUGAGGUCAGGUCUCAUCUCCCUCGAGGCCGCACAGCGAGCAGGUCCAUUUCUGGCUCUCCUGCAGGAUCUGUUGUUCACAAUACCGUCCAGCGCCAGUCGCUCAGCUCAUCGCCCGACAAGAGAAAAUUCGACACCCCAGAAUGGAAACGAAGGCUAAUUUACGGCGAACUGGCCUAUGGGGAGCAGCGUGACCUCUUCACUUCCGCUGGUACCGGUCUUGAGGGCAUGUUCAAGCCACCGGUUCCGGCAAAGGCCCCUCCCGGACAUCCAGACGAGGACCGCAGCGAUUUACAGAGGAACAACACGACAUUUCCUUCCAGUCCACCGGAAAUCGCAGGGAACUAUUCCAACUACGAGGUCUACUCUGAUCGAUACACGGAACAGGAACUGCCCGAGCACAUUGGGGCAAACCAGUCCAAGGGUCGCUCGGUCAGGUACAAACUAGCCGACGAGGGAGGAUCUGACACGAGCGAGUUGAGCGACAUGUCCGUUCGACGAAACGUGCCACGAGAGGGAGCGCAAGCAGACAGUAGCCGGUCUGCAGCACAAUUUCUAGCUCCAGCCACUGCCGGUGACGAGUCGCGAAAGACAAGCAGUCAAAGUGCGGCUCGCCACGAAGACUUCAGCCCCAUCUUCAUCGGUAGGCGUGGUGGCGAAGAUGGCAAGAAUGAUUUCUCUGCGCUGGACCUGUCGCCGUCAGUCCUGUAUGAGCGUCUUGAGAAGCUCCAGAAGGACCGCUCGCGCGCAAGCGGCUCCGAGCAUGGUCACUCGUCUGCGGGAGGAGGCAGGCCCCAAGGAACAGCAGCCACGGAGGGCUUGCAACGGCUCGGCAGCUUUGUCAACCUCCGUAGGGGAGGUCAGUCGGUUGACGGCUCCUUUCAGCAUCCCGUGUUGACACCAGCACUGGGAAACACAUCAGACAUGCUUCCGGAAGAAUCUCUCCAAGCAAGCACUCCGAAGCAGUUCCCGAGCCUACGUGGUCACAAGCCAGACUCUCAGGACAUGUCAUCUGAGACGCCACCCGUGCCUGCUGCGCCGUUCCCAAGCCCGGAGAAGAAGCAUCUUCGUGCCCAGGGCAGUGGCGGCAGCCCACUGAAGCUUUUUGGGCCGUAUGAUACAUUCACAAACCAAACACUGUUGAGACGAAUCAGCCAAUUCGAGGACCCAAAUACAUCGCCCACGUCAGAAAGACCUCCAAUACUCGGCAAGCGGACUUCGCUGGGAAGUGCGUCAAAAAACACUACCGAUGCGGACCUCAAACCGCAAUCAGAUGAGGAAGAUCCAGGGCAGAAUUCUGAUUCCCGUAAAAGGCAGACUAGGUCGGUCAGUCAGUUCGGGGCAGGAGAGCUUGAUGGAUUUGAGUUUGAUGAGGACUUCUCCCGUCUUUCCAACGAGUCUGACGACGACGAGGUCUCUUUCCAUCGGUCGGUCGCAUUCAAUGCCACGGCGGACUCUUCGCCUUCGGGAGGCGCUAAUAUCUCCAUUGCAAAACGACGUCAGAAACCGGACAACAUCUCGGCACUGCACUUCAGGACUUUCUCGGGGGCCGCCUCACGAGCUGCGUCUGCGGCCGUGCUAGCAGCCACUCCGAAACACCAGAUCCAAGACCAUGAGUACAAGAGACCGCGGACAUCACCCACGAAAGACCCGACGCCGAAGCGCAGGAGAACUCUACAUGAGUCCGAUAUCUCAUUCGGUGCUGGAGACGAGCAUAUGCUGGAGCCAACACAGACUUCCCAUCAGCAUAUGCAGGUUAUCAUCGGAAGGAAGCGUAAGGACGCUCGCGCUGGCGAAAUGCAACAAAAAGCUAAUGCCGAAGUUCUAGCUUCUCGCAAGGUCCUCCGCGUUCGAACUCCAACCCCGAGUCCCAGUCAGAGGUCGUCAGUUCAAAGGGAAGAACAUCCUUACGAUCAGUUAAAAGUCCCUGCGAAUGAAGGAGCGAGACGUGCGCGGAAGGGCGUUCAGAAAGCUCAGCAUCAACCUAAUUUUCCGGUGGGCGGAGGGAGGAAGCCUUCCAUCAGAACAGAAGACUUCAUAAACGAAGCACACCGCAUCAUGGCGGCUAUCAGAGGCAAGAACGGUACGCGGAGUGGCCUUACGAGCGUGGAAGAGUCCGAAUCGGAAAACAUCAAGCAGGCCACCCGGGAGCCAGCCUUGCCAGAUUCUUCAUUUCAGGAGUCGACUCGAGAACCAUUUUCACGACCGCCCAGCCGUGAUGGGAAGCCUAUCCCAAGGGCCGUCAACCGGCAACAAAAUCCCGAGCUAGUGAACCAUUUGAAGAAAUACGAGGAGCAUAGCGACAUGGGUGAUAUCAUCGCCUCCUCUCUCCGGUCACUCGGUGUCUCUAAAGAAGAUAUUCAGGCGGUGCAAGCACUGGAGUAUCGGUCGCAUAGCUCUAUGUCGGAGGCGUCUGAGCAUAGCGUCUUGCGGCAUGAUGAAAUCGUCAGCGACCCACCCAACAUUCGGAUUUCUGAGAACCCUCAUCGCUAUGAAAACACCACUUCAGCUGAACAGGCCCAGCAAUUCCGAGACCGACUUCCCUCUCACAGUUCAGGCUCCGAAUCUGGCAUUUCCACUGGACAAUCGGUACGAACAGGAUCCUCCCGGGGGUCAGAUACCAGGAGGACCAUCGCACCACAGAGUGUGUCCCAUCUCAUCCCCGACCAGGUCGGCAACAUGGUUUUAGAUAGACAACGCAACAUUUGGGUCAAGAGCAACAAGGUGCACGCGACACGCCCGAAGAGAAGCAGCACCCUCGUCUCUGAGAAUAGCGAGGACGACCCGUUUGCUGACAUUCCCGACUUGACUGUGGAUGCGACGAGGGAGCUGCAGAACCUGAGAGAUAAGCAGAGUCGGCAGGGUGAGUCAGGCAAGCAGUUCUUUGGACCAGAGAAGUUCGUGGGAAGUCCGGAGCAGUCGGUUCGAGGCCAGUCUCUCAAAUCCAUUCUCGUCAGGGAUUUUGCGGAGAAACCAGGCAAGAAUGGCUCGAUGAGGUCUACCAGUAGACUCAUGAAGAAGUUUGCCGAGGCCGACAACGAGGACGUUGAGCACGAGAUCACAAUACAUGAAGAUCGCCUGGAAGACUCGUCACCUCGUCGACGAAUGACGAUCAGUUUUUCGUCUCCAAUCGCUUCAAUCAUACAAGAUGUGGUAUCCGGAAGCGGCCCCGAAGAAAACAACACAAGCAUGUUCGAGCAAUCUGUCGCAGAUAUCCUCCAGUCAACAGGAAGGCAUAGUCGCCGUGCAACACCCGUUCAUUCUCUGAACGGCCACGGCGGGCCACGCCCACGAAGCUCGUCUAGCGCACCAUCACGCCAUAUGUCGGUCAAGGGCGCAUCAUUCGUACCUCGACCAGUCUCGGUCAUUGAGGAGGAGAGUGACGAGAAGAGCUUUGCGGAUAGGACAGAAGUCAGCAAGGCCGGGGACCAGAGUCUUACGGAAGAGAAGCCAAGUCAACGUCGCCAAGCAAGUGUGAGCAUCAUGUUCAAAACUCCUGGUCGGCCCAAAUCAAGCCUUCGACCAGACAAUGCGGAAACGCUGAGCCACCAAAUCGGCAAUUUAUCACUGAGUCCGAUAUCCGACUUCACUGCACACCAGGAUCGCUCAUACGCGUUUGAAGUGAGCUACCUCGUCGGUGACCAGAACCUUGUCACGGGCGACACCUCACGGAAGCGCAUGUCGCAGACGGUUCGUCACCUUGUCAGCAAAAUUGCGGAAGUGGAGCCAUUUGAGCCGUAUUGGGAGGACUUGAAGGAGAUCGCACUCCGUGAGAAAGAUUUGGGCAGUCUGCACAUGCUAGAACGGUUUUGUGGGAGCCUUGUGAAAGUCGAUGUCUCUCACAAUACGAUCAGAGCUCUAGACGGUAUCCCGUCAUCUACUCGCGAGUUGACCAUCACCCACAACAUGCUUAGCGAGCUGACUGCUUGGGAUCGACUGGCAAACUUGCAGUAUGUGAACGUUUCGAACAACGACAUCAAGAGUCUCUCAGCUUUCAACGGUCUGGUUCAUCUGCGCGGCUUGGAUGCCGACAAUUGCGGGUUGGCGAACCUGGAUGGCCUCAGAUUUCACGACUCCCUGUUGACCUUGCGGGCCAGGGGGAAUUCCGUUGAGAAGCUCAGCUUUGACGGCACAAACCUGCAAAGGCUGACCAGCCUUGAUCUGGAGGGCAACAAGAUACGGGAAAUUGAGAGUCUGCACGAGCUUUCUUCCUUGACCUAUCUCAAUCUGAAAGGAAACCAGUUGGUUAAAUUCAGUUCUGCUGAGCCACUCGCACUGAACCACCUAAUCAUCAGCGACAACAAGCUGAGAAAAAUCGAUGUCGCCUCGAUGCCUCGACUUCACCUCCUCUACGCUGAUCGCAACAAGCUCACGACAGUCGACGGCCUGUCUCGAGCUCCUCAUCUGGACAGUCUAUCGCUUAGGGAGCAGGGCGGAUCAAGGCCUUUCGACAUGUCCUUCUUGGAGACCGCAUACGAGGUUCGAAAGUUAUUCCUUUCAGGGAAUCAUCUCGGAUUCUUUGAUCCGCCACGCGACUUCCUCAACCUGCAGCUCUUGGACCUGGCGAACUGCGGCCUGCAGCGGCUGCCCGAUAACCUCGGACAACUGAUGCCCAACUUGCGUGUGGCCAACCUCAGCUUCAACGGUCUGUCCGACGUCAGUGGUCUCACGAGUAUCCCAAGACUCAAACGCCUGCUACUUGCAGGCAACCGGCUGGCCGACCUAAAACCCCUGCUCGGUGUUUUGAGCCAGUUCCCAUGGCUGACCGAGGUUGACGUGCGUGACAAUUCGGUCACGCAAGGCUUUUACCCUCCUGUACGCGUGAUCCUCCGAGAUGGAGAAGCGCAAAACACCGACGUUUUCAAGCUCCCUGACGCGGACCCCGAACGUGAUGCAAGGUACUGUGGGCGCCUGGAUAUGGAGACUCGAAUCCAGCGGCGGGUAUACGAACGCAGAUGUGUGCGCUCGUGUAAGCAUUUGCAGAAAUUGGACGGCCUGCAAGCGAACAGAAAGAUACGACAUAUAAGAGAUGUGGUAUGGAAGAACAUGGUGCUGAGGGGGAUGCUGCUUCAGCCUGACGGGAUGCCAUUCGACCUGUCUCAGUACGAACUCGAGAAGGAAGAGGACCCUACCUCGUAUGUCAGUGAAGGGGAGAGCGAUGGCGAGAAGGGCAAGACGAAGUGUGCCGCCGACGAGAGCGAGCGUUGGGGCAUCGAGGACAGCUUCGCGGGCUGA